AUGAAAAGAAGACGUGGUCAAGUCGACUUGGAAGACAAAAUCUUCGUUGAGAGUGACAAGGAGUCUGGAUCAGAAGAGGGUGACAACAAGGUCCUCUGUCUUGAAGAUGACGACGAAGUCAGGGACGAACCCCAAGAAAUAAAUGUAAAACAAGUGGUGAUAGAAAUCAAAAUGGUUAUGAGUUAUAUUGGGUCUUCACCAGGGCCCUUCGAUUACAAAAAGACAGUUUACAACUUCAAAGAGUGGUAUCGUCAUUGGCAAUUGUUUAUUGAGCAUCAGAGCCUAAAUAUCAGUCCCGCAAUUGGUCAUUACCACAAAAGGCUAGUUGGUCAUGAUUUCUACAAAAAUUCGGUCAAAGAGAUGUAUUGGAAAUCGAAUAAAAAUGAGUUAACGAGACUUUGCAAGGUGAUUGACAAGUAUUUGAGGACUCAAUUUUACAGAAUGGUGGAUAUGAAGGAUUACUUGUUAAAUGGUCACAUUGGAACUCUGAGCAGUUACGUGACAUUAAUAAAGCGUUGUGAGUCGAUUGAGCAGAUGUUCCCAAAUGAGAUCAAAGCGGCUGAAGCAAUCUCCUACAGAAGGAACUUAGUGAAUGGAACAAAUCAAAACGCUGCGAUAGAACACCAUAGAAUUUAUGGUGAUGACUGGGUCGUCAUGAUUAUGGCCAGAAGCGUGGAUGUGACCAUGUUUGACAGAGAAACAAUCGCAAGGACUUUUGCUGAGAUUGAGGAAAAGGGAUGGAGAAGGCGGUAUGAAGUUGCCAAGAUUCAUGGGAUGAGAGUAUCGGGAGCUCAAAGCACAAUUGAAGAUCAAUUAAGGAAAUUCGUCAUGGCUAAACUCAGAACUCCUGAUUGGCAUGGCAGAUCUAAUCCUCAAAAUAAGAGAUUCAAAACGCGGGGUAAUUCUAGUUAUCCGAAUGCCAGAAACUAA